GCUUGUCACUAAUGCAUGGUGAAGUUGCUUCAUUCUUUUCUCAUAGAAUCACCCUCAGCUCCAUAUUCAAUCAUUUAUCAGAUUCCUUAACCUUUUUUUAGCUAUUUAUGCAUUCGCAUCAUCUUUCUCCAAUUGAAAAUGGGUUUACUGGUAUUCCCUCUAUCUGCCAUGCUAUGCUGCAGAGAAAUUAUUUCAAGCACCCAUCCAUGCAUCCCUCAACCAAGUCAUUUCCAUGGCAUUCACAUUCAUAGUGAUCCUCCCACAACGUCUAAUAGCUUUAUUCUUAGUUAUCAUCUACCCCGAUCUUUGCAUAAACCAUGGAUUUUGAGGAGGAACGACUCACGCUUAAAGCCAUUAACCGCUACCAAUUCACCGUCGUCAGGAGAGGGUCACCAGGCUCUUGAAGCUGUCCUCAAGCUUUAUGAGGCAAUACAGAACAAAAAUCUCCGGGAGUUAUCGGAUAUUCUUGGAGACGAAUGCCGUUGUGUCUCCAACUUCAUCCCCUUUUUCUGGGCAUUCCAGGGGAAAAAGCAAGUUCUGGCAUUUUUCUCUUAUCUUAUCAACGCCUUGGGGAACAACAUCGAGAUCGUGGUGAAACCAACAAUGCAUGAUGGAAUGACCGUCAGCGUCUCGUGGAAGCUAGAAUGGAACAAGAAAACUAUGCCUUUAGGAAAAGGUUUCAGCUUCCAUAUAUGCCAGAUAUACCAAGGAAAAGUGCUAAUAAGGAAUGUUGAGAUGAUCAUGGAAUCAUUUCCUCACAUGGAUAUCUUCAGAUUGAGGAUGCUGGGAUUUCUGAUGAGCACGUCAGAGAAGAUGAGUUCCUGCAUACCUAUAGAGAGAAAAUCAAAGAGGACUGGGUUCCUUAUUUUGCUUGCUCUGCUUUCUUUGGCAGCAAUUUUUGUAUUGCUUCUGAAGAUCAAGUUUUAGUAGACGAGGCAAAAAUAAGAGAGAAACUCAAAUUUUCUGUCUUUCUUUUUCAUUUUACUUUUCCAAUGUAUAAGAAGGAACUGUUGCGUCAAAUUUCCGGGGCACAAGGGACAAUAAUGAAAUCCUAACUACUUUAUGCAUAGUUCUCUCUUUUUCUACAA